AUGGCUUCCUUUGGAUUUUCAGCCACCGGAACUCAUGUUCUGCGGCCAAACACCACACUUUCCAGUAGUUCUGAUCAUGUUAGAAAUGGGUCUGUUUUUGGGAAAUCCAUUUUCAUCAAGAAACGCAAGGUUGGGGACUUAACAAUCUCAAAUGUCGCCACGAAAUUGCCGGCGGUUGUUCCGUCACCGACCAGGGAAGGUUCCGAUGAACAUAGUCUCGCGGCGUGGACGAGUGUCCGGCAGGAGAGGUGGGAAGGAGAACUUGUGGUCGAAGGCGAAAUACCACUGUGGCUGAAGGGGACAUACCUAAGAAAUGGACCAGGCCUAUGGCACAUCGGAGAAUACGACUUCCGGCACCUCUUUGACGGCUACGCCACACUGGUCCGGCUUCACUUCGAAAAUGGCCGUCUUGUGAUGGGUCACCGGCAAAUCGAAUCCGAGGCGUAUAAGGCAGCAAAGAAGAACAACAAACUAUGCUACCGAGAAUUUUCCGAGGCCCCUAAGACUGACAACUUCCUAGCCUACAUGGGAGACCUAGCUAACCUAUUCUCCGGUGCAUCGCUGACUGAUAAUGCCAACACCGGUGUUGUUAAACUAGGAGAUGGACGAGUCGUUUGCCUUACCGAGACUAUUAAAGGGUCAAUUAUUAUCGAUCCAAUCACACUUGAUACAUUAGGGAAGUUUCAAUAUAGUGACUCAUUAGGUGGGUUAAUACACUCGGCCCACCCAAUUGUCACGGAUACAGAGUUCCUCACAUUGUUGCCUGAUUUGGUGAAUCCGGGGUACUUGGUAGUAAGGAUGGAGCCGGGGACGAAUGAGAGGAAGGUGAUCGGUAGGGUGGCAAGUGUGGAAGUUCCACUGUUCGUGACAUUCCACUUCAUCAAUGCAUACGAAGAGAAAGACGAAGAUGGGAGGGUGACGGCAAUUAUCGCCGACUGUUGUGAACAUAAUGCUGAUACAACAAUUCUCGAUAAGCUCAGGCUGCAGAACCUCCGGUCAUCCACCGGCAAAGACGUCUUGCCCGAUGCUAGGGUUGGUCGAUUCAUAAUACCAUUCGAUGGGAGUCCAUAUGGGAAGCUAGAGGCUGCUUUGGACCCAGAAGAACAUGGAAAAGGCAUGGAUAUGUGCAGCAUCAACCCAGCCUACCUGGGGAAGAAAUACAGAUAUACCUAUGCUUGUGGAGCUCAACGCCCAUGCAACUUCCCCAACACCCUCACUAAGAUUGAUUUAGACGAGAAAAAGGCCAAGAACUGGCACGAAGAGGGUGCUGUGCCAUCUGAGCCGCUCUUCGUGCCUCGCCCUGGUGCAACAACAGAAGACGACGGGGUAGUGAUCUCAAUGAUCAGCAGCAAAAAUGGCGAAGGAUAUGCAUUGGUAUUAGAUGGAUCGGCGUUCAAAGAAAUUGCCAGAGCGAAAUUCCCCUAUGGUCUUCCCUACGGACUCCAUGGAUGCUGGGUGCCUAAGAACUAA